GGGGUCAGGAGCCCGGCAAGGAGAGUCUGAACAAGAGCAGCAUUUUCCCGGGCUCUUCCAGCUGUUCUGUUCAAUCCCGCCGUCCGUUCAGAGCAGGGAAGAGAGACUGUCAACACAAAUAAGGCAUUUUCCAAAGGCGUAAAUUAUGAGUUACCAAAACAAUACGACAUCUCUACCACAUGGAGAUAUCGAGGGCCCUUCAGAAGGAGCAGAUGUGGCUGUUAUUGGAGGUGUGAUUGCUGCGGUGGUAUUUGUCCUCAUUUGCCUGUUGAUUGUGAUGCUCCGGUACAUGUACAGGCAUAAGGGCACCUACCACACCAACGAGGCGAAAGGAACUGAGUUUGCUGAAAGUGCAGAUGCCGCUUUGAAAAAUGACCCUGCUCUCCAGGAAGCAGUGGAUGAGAGCAAAAAGGARUAUUUCAUCUGAGAGGCCGGGAUUUUCAUGGAGAUUUCCCCAAGGGAAUCAGUCAGAAAUACCACAUCAACAGAAGUGCUGAGAGGGAUAAUAUGAGGACAGAGGAAAGCAUCCUAAUUGAAAAGUGCCUCUCUCCUUUUUUUGACAUUGGGUUGUUUCUUUUCCUCCACCCAUGAAGAACUGGAUGCCAGAUACUUGCCUGUUGAUUUUAUUAGCAACACAGCUGGUCUCAGUUGAAAUCGAUAUCAAGUAACAAGAAACAAAAUCUCAGUAUGAGUGAUACACCAAAACCAGAUAACGAUAGCAAAUGUCAAGCCUUGACAUUUGGUGAAAAUAGCAGAUGCCAAUGGAAAACAUCCUCUUAGAGUUAAUGAUGCAUCCUAUGUUGAUAUUUUACAGUACUACCUGAAAUUGAAUAUCAAAUGGACACAGAACAAACAUGAAACUAGAUAAAGCUGAGGUAGCUGGAACAAAAACAUCUUUGUAGUCCAGAUAUCUCUCCUCCCUCCCCUUAAGUGUGCAAUUUUACGGGCACAGGGGAGUUUGUUUU